GGAAAAGAUUCAACUGGAUCUAAAAUUUUACCAUUUUUCCGAUUCGAUUGAGUGGAAUUUGUACUGAAUUGCAUCUUCCGUUGGUUUUUGUUUCGGAUUAUGUUUCUUUAAUCUGACUUGGAUUGCCUCUGAUCUUUCGAUUAGGUCAUGGCGGGGUCUGGGAGUUCCAUGCUUACCUCAUUUCUUCUGUUCACUGUCAUUCUUUCGCUUCAAGAGAUGUAUAGAGGAAAGUUAGCUUCAUCGGAGUUGUUUACCAUACUUGGAGGAUUCGUCAGUUCUCUUCUAUUUCUAGUGCUUCUAACUUUUAUAGGAAACUUCCAGGAAUCAUGUGGCAUGCGAACUGGAUGGGGAGCUGUCAUCGUAGCAGAAGCAGUUGCAUUGAUUGCUGCAAGCACUGUUCAUAGAGUUUGCAUCACAACAUGCUUCUUAUUCUCCGCUGGACUGCUGUACGAGUUGAACAAGUUUUCGAGCGUGGCACUUUCUAAAUCUGAAUCUAGAGCCAAAAGGCACUGAGAUGGAAACUGAGUUAGUUCUUCAGAGAGGAACAACGUUGUUUUUGAGAUUUUCUUUUUACCCUUAGCUCCUGCAGGAUCACUGCACCUUAUGGUGCUGAUUAGUUGUUUUUUUGUUUUCCUUUUAGGAGAGAGCCGGCUGUGGGAACAGUUACUACAUUCAUAACUAUCAUAAUAUUAACAAUUACUGCCUUCAAACAUUUUCUUCGUUGAUUAAGUAAAAAAAUGCAUGGCAUGUCUCCUGAUUAGAGGUC